AUGGCAGCAGCACCAAACCCCCGCAGCAUCUUCGCCUUCACUGCAGCAAACCCUUACGACAAAAACCAUUUGCUGCGCCUCGGAGGAGCUCUUGCUGCUUUCUUCCUCGCAGCCCUCAACAGCGCAGUCCUGGUCUUCUACUACUCUGCUGACAGCAACGUGAAAGUCAACUCCCGCUGGGGCUUAUUUUUGGUGGUCAUUGUUGAUGGCUGGCUGCUGACUUGGUUUCAGCUGAAGACCCAUUUGUGCAGCUACGCAGAAAAUCCCAAGGCUUUGGCCCAGUACGAAUGGAGGGACCUUUUCGAGUCUGCCUACGGAGCUGUCGACAGAUCCAAACUCUGUGACGAGGCCGAGCACAUGCUCAUCAUCGCCAUGGCUUGCUGCUUCGUGGCUGUGGCUUCUGCCCUCGCCAGCGUCGCCUUUGUGGUGCUGACGAGACUCAGAGGCAACCCGGAGCUUCGCGCGCAGCAGCACUACGACCACUGCAAAACCGGCAUGAUGGUUAUGGCCUUUUGCAUGUUCGGGACAAUCCUGCCUCCAAUCAUCUACGCUUUUACGUUGCCUGACUUCGUCAUCGUGGAAGCAACUCCUGUCAAAAUGAGGGAAGGCGUUUUCGUAGGGGUGAUAUCUGGCUUAGCGCUCAUUUCUGCAAUUAUGGGCUACCACAUCGACCGGUCCGUGCUGCAGAGCAAAAUGGAAUUCGAAAAACUCGUUUGGGCUUCGCUGCAGGACGACCGGCUGCUGCUGCGGCAGCAAAUGGCAGCAGACGCAGACGCCCUCGAAGCAGCCAAGUUCGGGGGCCUCCAGACUCCCGCGCAGCUAGCCAGGCAGGUUAAUCCAGAGAAUCGAAAGGGCGUCGACAAGUUCUUGUUUGAGAGGGCGGGGCCGUGGAGAUGGUGA